AUGUAUCGCCUAGACACAGAAUAUCUCCACUGCGAUAUCGCACGAUCCCUUAGUCUCAUUCACAAGCUCGACUACGAUUAUGGGGUCUGCGCCGCUGCAGUCCAUGAGGUCGCUACCGAAUACUGCGCCCUUGCAGAAGGGGGUGACCAACCUCUACUAAACACAGAAACUGCUCUAACAGGACGACUGGGGGAUAUUCGAAAGGGGAUUGCUAAUCCUUUAAACUCUGGGCUUACCGACCGAGAAGAAAGCGUCGCGGAGGCAGUCAGGCUUUAUGAAACCGUCGACAGACACUUCAAUCGACUAUCCGAUAUCAUACGCCGCCUUCAAAAAAUAAACGUCGUGCCGAGGCAAAGUUUGGUGCCAGAGCUUAGCAGGGACAGGGGACCUUCCAACCAAAGCGAUGCGCAAAUGCGUAUCACGCUGAGGCUCGAUGGUCAGCGUCGAGCAUCAUUGCCAUCAUUAUCCCGCCACCAAACCCCCCGUAUGUCGAGUGUCUCGGUGAGGAAUUCUACAGCGUCUAGAAAGAAGUCUGCAACUCGUCUGGUUGACGAGAAGGCCAUAACUCGCAAAUCUAGUAGCUCUAAAGCAGCUUUGACUUACAGCAACAGCUCCCAACAGAUGGUACUUGAGUCUAGCAGCGAAUCUGAUUGGGAUGAUCCACCAAACCCGCGAGCAGUGAUCUCCGAAGCAGAUCGGAAGUCUUCUCUUACACACUGUUCCAGUGAAGAUGGCCGCCGGCUCCCCUGGUUUGAGCUCCAGCCCUUGGAGCUCGCAGUCCUGAGGAAGCGAAUGAAGAAGAAUUCAUCUUGGCAGCCAUCUGACGCUAUGAUGCUUAAGCAGCUCGAAAUGCUGGGGCGUGGAGUGAGGGGUUUCCGAAAAUGGGCUCGAAGAACUGGCCAAAACAGAGCAGACAUUGAAAAAGUACUAGAAGGGGGGGAGGGUUUGACUAGUGGCAUUGCGAUCGGAGCGCUUAAAAGAAGUCAAGAUAACAAAGGGAUGAGAUUGAAUGUGAUGAAACGUGCAAAACGAGAGAGGGAAAAGGCGGAGGCUGCCGCUGCAGCCGCAGCUCAAGAUCUCGACAGCUUGCAACAUCCAUUUGAGUUGACCGGGGCGUGUGAAGCCGAGGGAGUCUCUCGGCAGAGGUCGAGUAUAAGACGGGUUUCUGCCCAAAAUGGCAACGACCCACGGACUGAACCAAUUGGCCCAGGUUCCGUACCUCCCCACAAAAUAAAAACCGACACCAACCCUAAACGACAUGCGACUCUGACCGAUUCCAACCAACCGGGAGCGAAGCCCGACCGAGGCCAGCCCCAUAGCGUCCGGAAACUCCGAAAGUCGGAGGAAAACGAUAUCUCGAACCAGAACGGGGAAUAUGGUGACGAUGGUGAUGAUAUGCCGAUUGACCCCAAUGAGCCGACAUAUUGCCUUUGUAACAGAAUCAGCUUUGGUACUAUGGUGGGGUGCGAUAAUGAUGACGUAUGCGUUCUUUAA